UGAUAACAAAUAUAAUAUUAAUUCGAUAUUUUUAUUAUUACUUAUUAGUCAUCUUUCAUCCUGUUAUUCGUGUUCUCGUUGCGAAAUUGCGAAUUAUUAGUUAGUUGUCAAAAAAUGAAAAACGUGUAAAAAUAGAAAAACGUUACAUCGAAGAGAUAAUGAACAGAAUCGACGGAAAAUAAUCGUGGAACGUCGAACCAGCAACCAGCCACAAGGAUUGAGAAUUGAGGAUUGAGGAUUGCGGUCGAAUAAAUCAGAUCAAUUUCGGCAGUCGCGGAGCAAAAUGUCCGCCGAAUAUCCGACCACAACUCGAGUGUUGCAGAAAAAACCAUCGGAAAGUGCUUUCAAGCAACAAAAACUUCCCGCUUGGCAACCAAUUUUGACCGCCGGUACGGUUCUGCCGACCUUUUUCGCAAUCGGUAUCGCAUUCAUACCGAUAGGAGUUGCGAUUUUGUUUUUUUCCGAAGGCGUUCAGGAGAGAGUGGUCGAAUACACCGAUUGUAAUUCUACUACAGAUAGCGGCAAACCGGGCAGACCGUGCGCCGAAAUCAUCGGCGAUUCUAGGAAUCAUUCGAUUACCAAGCCGUGCAUUUGUAACGUUUCGUUUCAGUUGCCAAAUGAUUAUCCGGGGCAAGUGUACAUUUAUUACGGGCUGACUAAUUUCUACCAGAAUCAUCGCAGAUAUGUGAAAUCCAGAGACGACGUACAGCUGCUCGGUAAACUAAAUAGUCAGCCGUCUACCGAUUGCGCGCCGUACGCGUUUUUAAAUUACGGCAAUGGCACGAGAAAGCCGAUCGCGCCUUGCGGAGCUAUCGCCAAUUCCAUGUUCGACGACGAAUUCCAGCUGUUUUACGGAAAUUCCAGCCUUAGCCUAGUACCUUGGGACAGAACGGGUAUAGCUUGGCCAUCGGACAAAGACAUUAAAUUUCGGAAUCCGCCCGGCGUUCUGAAGGAAGCGUUCGCCGAGUUCGCCAAGCCCGUGGACUGGAGAAAAAAUAUUUGGGAAUUAGAUACCGAAACCAAGGACGAUUCGAAUAACGGAUUUCAAAACGAAGAUUUCAUCGUUUGGAUGCGCACCGCGGCUCUUCCCAAUUUCCGAAAGUUGCACCGACGAGUCGUUCAUUCGGAAGCGCCGUUUCAAAACGGUUUACCCAAAGGACAGUACUAUUUAUUGGUGAAUUACUGGUACCCGGUUAAAGGAUUCAAAGGCACCAAAAGUUUCAUUCUAUCGACGACGUCAGUGUUGGGAGCGAAAAAUCCGUUCCUCGGAUAUUCUUACAUCGUCGUGGGUAGUUUGUGUUUAGUGGUCGGAAUUAUAUUUUUGGUUAUUCACAUCAAAUACGGAAAAAGCACCGUGGAAGUGGUUAAUGUUACUCCGACUACGUCGUACCAAUGAGUCUGCCAACAGUUUUAGCCUACCGCCAGCCAGCCAGCCAGCCUACCAGUUACGCACCGAACGAAGCGAAAAUGACGCGUUUUCAACGUACGAGUAAUUUGUCGCCGCAAAAUAAGCCGCGCGAUUGUAACGAAAACGGUGAUAAUAAAAUUAAUCGCUUAUACAUACGUAUAAGUACCUACUCGUGUUUUCGCUUUACCACCGUCACGUGUGUUUUACAUACCUCGAACGCGACGACAUACACUCGAUGUUAUCGCAUUUUGUAAGACUCGAACUUUUGUUUUGAAAAAGUCUAAAACUAGUCAUUUUGCACCGCGGUCACGCGGUUGCGCUUGCGGUUCCGACUGCUCGUUUAUGUCAUCUUUUUUUCUCUCUUCUUAUUCUUCUUCACCACGAAUCAGCACUCUGCAGCACUCUGGCGGGUUUUCACUUAUUCCCUGAAAACAGCGUUGGUUUUAAGCACAUACGUCCGCGUUUAUCAUCGUUCGUCUCAUCUAAUCGGUAAUUCUCGGAGGCGGGAUUAAUUUUAUUAAAAUUUUCACCUAUCGAGAAAUACUCGAGUAUUUAAUACGAAUACCUAUAGGCUACGUGUAGUAGGCCUACGAGCUAGCUUACGCAGACUGGCGAGAAUACUCGUACGUAUUAUGGCUGAAAAAAAAAAUCAAGCUGGCCAGUAUCAAUAACAAUACGUGAUACGUGAUACGUGUACGUAGCGAGACCCAAACGCAACGAGAAAUCUACUUACUACUAAGGUAUUUCAUAGUGUCACUUUGAUGUCUCAUCGCCCAUCGGUGUUACCAGCUAACGUAAGCCUAUUGCGGUUACCUAUACCUACGUGUAUUUUAAGUUGUCCGAUUAUCUUACUACACUCGUAUUUGAUUUGUGCGUUUUGUACAUACCUAUUUGUGAUGGCAAUUCCUUUUGCAUACUCCCAACGAUGUCUGAACGAGCCCAGCACUCGUGUUUGUUUUGUAAUUAUAGUAAUAUACUCGUAGUACCAUUGUAAUAUUGUAAUAUUGUUACCGUACAGUGCGGCGCGGCGUACUCAAAAAUAUCGACCACCCCGACGAAAGAAUGUUGUUUUUUUUUUUUUUUGUCUAAAAAAUAUGUAGGUACUCGUACUGGACACUGGUAGUUUGGUAACGUGGAAUAGUUGAUAGAUGCGUGUAAUUGGACGAAAAUGUCGUCGUAUUGCCACCAAUCCAUCGCGACGCAACGCAAAGCCUUUUUUGCGGGAUGUUGGAUUUUUCUGCUCGCACUGUACCUAAUUACGUUACGUAGGUACUAGGUACCUUCAAACAGUUCAAACAUAAAUGUAAGACGAGUACAAUACGUAGACGUACUAUACGAAUGGAUACUCGUAUGUACGACGCACGUAACGUACCUAUACCGAUUACCGAUUCGUCGAUUACCUACCUGUACCUAGAUCUACCCGUCCACACUCUACAUCGUGUAUUUCUUGAAAAAACAAAUAAACGUGUAAUUGCAA